AUGUCUUCUGAGGACUAUUGGAUCUGGGAGCAUACAAAGAGUGGAGCUUAUUCGGUCAAAUCAGGUUACUGGUCGGAAUACCAAAGAGAGAAGAUUGAUCUACUAAGAGAGGUCAUGAUGCAACCCUCCAUCCUCUCCAUUAAAGAGAAGAUCUGGAAAUGCAACACUGCUACAAAGAUCAAAAAAUUUAUGUGGAAAGCAGUUAGUGGAACAGUACCAGUGGUAGAUAAAAUGCUGGAAAGAGGCUUAAAAGUGGACUCAAGAUGUCAGAGAUGUGGAAUGGAAGGGGAAUCAGUUAACCACGUACUGUUCUUCUGCACCAUUGUAAAACAGGUGUGGGCUCUCUUUAACUUUCCAUCUCCAGUAAACGGGUUUGAUCCGGUAUCGGUGUUUGAAAAUGUCUACUACCUUCUGCUUACAAGCUCAAACAUAAAUGUCCCACUGGAGAUAAGGAAAGCUUUCCCCUGGAUAUUGUGGCAACUCUGGAAAAACAGGAAUCUGUUCUCUAUUGAGGGGAGAUGGUUCUGUGCUUCUGCAACUAUCGCUAAGAUAAGUGACAAUGUUUCACAAUGGUUCCAUGCGCACUCCCUGGCAGAAAUCGAUAUAGUGAAUUCAAGAACUACUAGUCAGUUUGUUAAAAAGCGCUGGUCUCCCCCUCCCGAUGGUUGGAUCAAAUGUAAUGUAGGAUCAUCUUGGGACAAAGCUUCAAAAAUUGCUGGAGCUGCCUGGGUUCUCAGAAAUGAGAAAGGAGAUACCAUUUUGCAUAGUAGAAGAUCCUUUGCCUCAGUUUGCGGUAAGAUGGAUGCUACCCUACAAUGCUGGUUAUGGGCUAUAAAUAGUAUGAGAAGUCAUAAUUUCUCGAACAUCAUAUUUGCUUCGGAGGACAGUGACCUUAUAGGAGCGAUUACUAGACCCCCUGCUUGGCCUUCCUUCAAGUUCCAGGUAAAGCAAAUUUCAGCUCUGUUGAGAAACCCUUUGGAUUGA